AAUUUGAGCAAAAAGCCCCCGCGACGGGUUGGAGGGCGGAGAGACCAAGCAGAAAAUAUAUAUAUAUAUUUAAAUUUUGCAUUUUGUUUUAUUUGCUAAUCAGACCUCGUUGCAUGCUGCAGGACCACCCAUGGAAACGUCUUUCGUGGAAGAGGUGGCUGCAUCUUUAGUGCGAGAGUUCCUGAGCAAAAAGGGCUUAAAGAAGACAAGUAUCAUGAUGGACGAAGAAUUUCCCCGUACCGCGCUCAGCAUCAACAACAGGAACGAGCUCCGGAGCGUUUUGCACCUCCAGUCUUUAUACAAACAAAACAAGGCCAAAGAGACGCCUUUAAAAACCAUUCUGGAAAUCAUGGUGAGCUACUUCCUGGAGCUCCAGGGUAACCAAACCUUCCUGGGAAAUUCCUCGUUUCUGGAAAACAAAGCCUGCCCCACAAGAAGUACGGAGAGUUUACCUCCCAAGAAUUUCCUCUCUGGGGAAGCCACUCGAAGGCAGACGGCAGCUGAAAAAUCUAAAAAAGGAACUCCCAGGAUUCCUUAAAAAGAAGGCACCAGAGGCGGCUAUCUGGAAUUUGCAGCCCGGCCGAAUCUGGCCAGGAAGCCACUUUUAAGAGUUCUACAGUCCUUCCGGCUCACUCCUUCGAGAAAACCACAACUCCCAGACAGUGGGACGAACUCCUGUCUGCCCUCGCGGAGUGUCCACUCAACCUUCGUCAGAACAGUUCUCCCAACUCCCCCUCCACUCAGUGUGCCAAGAAAGACGAUUCAACAAUCCGAAAUGCAGCCAGUUCUGGAGAUGACCCCUUGACCAAGACGGUCCUGGAAAGGCCGGCUGAAGGAAAGAAAAAUGCGUCCGGCGAUGAAAAACGGCACCCAGUGGAGGUUUUCCGGAAGGAAACGGCGGCGGGAAAUCGGAGUGUUGUGAAGUCCUCGCAGAAAAAUGAUUCCUCGUUUACAGACAUCAGAAGAUCUCCCACCACCGCCUCCAGGAGAGAAAAUUUGCCCAAGGACAUUCUGGAACUAGUUGAUAUCGAGGAUGAAGAAAGCUGGGAGGAUGUUGGGGAGGGCCCUGAAUCAUUGACUCUAUAUACCUGCCAAGUGACAACCAGGCCCAUUGAUUUCAAUCUUGCAAAGGACCUAAAAACUCUGCUUUUCGGCUCCAGUCUUGGAUGCUUCAACGAAGAAUGGAAAAUCCAGAGUUUCACGUUCAGUGAAAACCCGGAGCUGAAAUAUGGGAUCGUGCAGAAAAAGGUAACCAGCUCCUAUCAGUUCCUUCCCGAAUUUGCCGAGCGGAGCUGA